GGCUAAGCAGUCUGGUUGAGAUAGGAUGUUUUGCAAGCGAAACACGGAGGAGUGAGACCUCCUCUCCUCACUCUCUGUGGUGGACACCGCUGUCGUCACGGCGGUACAUUUAUCCGCCCAGGCUGCGGGCUUCCUGCUGCGUCUCCACUCUUGUCGGUUACGGCUGGAACGUUACACGCUGCUGCUCCGCCACGCAACAGACUGCCAAGUUCAGGAACCGGGGAAACAUCGACAUUUUUUGGGUGGAGUGGUGUUAAAGCAGCUCACUGAACAGGACAACCGUCAUCAUGGUGAACAUCCCAGAAUACUAUGCUGGGAAAACUGUGCUGAUCACUGGAGCAACCGGCUUCAUGGGCAAGGUGCUGCUGGAGAAGCUGCUGAGGUCCUGCCCAGGAGUCAAAGGUGUCUAUGUGAUGGUGAGGUCAAAAGCUGGUCAGAGCCCUGCGGCCCGCAUCGCUGACAUGAUCAACUGCAAGCUGUUUGAAAGAUUGCAAGACGAGCAGCCCGACUUUGCGGAGAAGAUCGUAGCGGUGGCCAGUGACCUGAUGAAGCCGGAGCUGGAUCUGAGUAAAGAGGACCAGAGCAUCCUGGCUGACAACGUCAACAUCAUCUUCCACUGCGCUGCCACCAUCCGCUUCAACGAGCCACUCAAAGAUGCAAUGCAGCUGAAUGUCCUGGCCACCCAGAAGAUGCUGGCACUAGCCCACCAGAUGAAGCACCUGGAGGUCUUCCUUCACAUCUCCACAGCCUAUGCCAACUGUGACCGAGAGCUCAUUGAGGAAAUGGUAUACCCUCCCCCCGUAGACUACCGCAGACUCAUCGAUUCUCUGGACUGGAUGGAUGACGAGCUGGUGUCUGCUCUGACUCCCAAGCUGAUCGGGAAGCGUCCCAACACCUACACCUACACCAAAGCCUUGGCAGAGUAUCUGGUGCAGCAGGAGGCCGGAGACCUCAACGUAGCCAUUGUCAGACCUUCCAUAGUUGGAGCCAGCUGGAAAGAGCCCUUCCCAGGUUGGAUUGAUAACUUCAAUGGCCCCAGUGGAAUAUUCAUAGCAGCCGGUAAGGGGAUCCUGCGUACCAUGAGAGCGUCUAAUGAUGCUGUGGCUGACCUGGUGCCUGUGGACGUGGUCAUCAACGCCACGCUGGCUGCAGCUUGGUACUCUGGAUCACAGACACUCAACAGGUCUAAAAACAUCCUGGUGUACAACUGCACAACCGGAGGGAUCAACCCGUUUCGCUGGGGGGAAGUCGAGUACUGUAUAAACAUGACCUUCAAGACCAAUCCCUUAGAGCAGGCCUUCAGAAGGCCCAAUGUCAAUCUGCGCUCCAACCCCUUUACUAAUCAGUACUGGACCGCUGUCAGCCACACGCUGCCGGCUCUGCUCUAUGACGGCUAUCUCAGGCUGACGGGCCGCAAGCCCCGGAUGAUGAAGACGAUCACACGCCUCCACAAAGCCAUGAUGGUGCUGGAGUAUUUCACCAGUCACUCCUGGGUGUGGAACAAUGACAACGUGGCCAUGCUGAUUGGCCAGAUGAGCCCAGAGGAUAAGAAGGUGUUUAACUUUGAUGUGCGUCAGCUGCACUGGGCCGAGUACAUGGAAAGUUACUGCAUGGGCACCAAGAAAUAUGUCCUCAACGAAGAGCUGUCUGGCCUGCCUGCUGCACGCAAACACCUCAACAAGCUGAGGAACAUACGCUACACCUUCAACACCGUCCUGGUGGUGCUCAUCUGGCGCGUCUUCAUUGCCCGAUCCCAGAUGGCCAGAAACAUCUGGUAUUUCGUGGUGAGCCUCUGCUUCAAGUUCCUCUCCUACUUCAGAGCCUCCUCCACCAUGAGAUAAUGGUCCUGGACAGGGCGGCGGGUGGCGAGGCAAAGGGGCGAAGACGUGAAGAGACACUGGCUGAGGAUGAUGAGAGGGUCUCAUGCUGUUUGCCUCAAAGAGUUAGUGGAACACAGACGCAGCUACUGGACAAGUCCACAGCGCUCUGACUGUUUCAUAUCUGGGAUCUAUCUCACCUGAUCUCCAGCAUGUCAGAAAACACCACGGGGUUGGAUCUGUGUCAGUGUACAGUGUACUAGUUAAAGACGCAGGAGCACACACCCUCAUUGCUGCAAUCGUUAAGCUCUCCAUCUCGCCCGCCUGCCACACACAGCUAUGCAUUGGUCUGCUGCACUAAUCCACCAUUGGUUUUGAGUUAUUCCAGCCUUCUUCUGUAUCUGUCAUCUUUCAUUGAAGAAUAAUACUUUGACUGCUGUGUAAGUGAUGUUUCUCUGCCGUCACCUGAAAACAUAACUCCAUGAUUUACCUUUUUCUCCCUUCAUGUUUGGUCUUUGCUUCUAGUCAAAUUCCUGCUAGUAAAGCUGAUUGAAUUGUUUUCAAAACCUCUUAUAAAAGUAAUUCUACGCUGGGUUUUCACCCGGCAGCAGCGCUUGAAGCUGCUCUCAGCUUGUGGGGGACUGGAGCCGCUUUUGCACAUUUCUUUGGAGGCAGUUGAAGGAUGGUUCUGUACUGACGGGUAGCAGGCUAGCCUACCAUUGUUUCACCUCUGUCACCCUUAAGACCAGAGCCAUUCCACCAUGUUGGCUUGCCCCACCAAGAGUCAUUGGCUGACUCCUCCUCCUACUGUGUGUCUCCAGUAAACUGCCGUGACUAGUUCCCUAAUUCGGACCAAGCACAAUGUGGACUGUAAUAGUGCCUACAAAGGGAUUAUGCUAGCAUCAGCACAUCUUGCAAACCAAGCGUGUUCUUCUACAGGUUCCUUCUUGUCUUAAAGCUCUUUUUGCCAGUGGGUGGAGCUGAGAGCAGACAUAUCCUCCCUUUUGCCUUGUUUUUGUCCAUGAAGCUUGAGAAUGUAAUGUUUCAGUGUACUGGUCAGAGUGGAUCUUUGAUGUUGACUCUCCUUCAUUGGUCUUUUCAGGUUUAAGUCAUUGUUAUGGGUCAGAGUUGGUCUUGUUCCUCUCUUAGUUGCUUCAGUAAGCCCGUGUAUAGGAUUUAUGUGCUCAUGUUUAUAACCUGCUGUUAAACUCCUGGAAUGUUCUGUUGCCUCGUUACGUACCGCGUGUGUUUUCAGACAACACAUGUUGGCUUGUUACAGAACUGGCGACUCUGUUUUUCUCGGAAUGAACCUUGUUGCCAUAUUAAGUCUUCACCUAACGUACCUGAGCUUUACCUGUGCACAUGCGUCUCGUCUGUUACCUCUGUCUGGAGCACACUACAGUGUCUCUGAGCAGGGCUCAUCUCUGGCUCUGCUUGCAUGUGUCUGCUCAAAGCGUCUUCAAACGCGUCGGUCCUGUGACUGAGCCAUUUCACAAAGGAUCACGAGACCUGGUGGAGGGAUGCACCCUUUGGAAAGAAGUGUGCAAGUUUGAAUUGUGCCUGAACUUUUUUCAAUAUUCAAAAAAUGUGAAAAGGGAGCAAUCGGAUCUGUUUUCUAAUUUUGUGUACAGCUCUAUUAAGGGAGACUUCAAAAUACAGAUGUAUUUUUAUCUAACGACAUUGUAUGGCUACAAGAAGCUCAGUGAACCAACUUCAGCUGCUGUAAAUAUGUCCACCGCUCAAUUAAAAUGACUUCCAUGUGUAGUGUGAA